AUGUUGGUCAAGGACUAUUCCCAUGAUGAUCAAGGACACUAUUUCCAUGAUGAUGAAGGACCCUGUUCCCCUGAUGAUCAAGGACACUGUUCCUAUGAUGAUCAAGAACACUGUUCCCAUGAUGAUCAAGGACACUGUUCCCAUUAUGAUCAAGAACACUGUUCCCAUUAUGAUCAAGGACACUAUUCCCAUGAUGAUGAAGGACACUGUUCCCCUGAUGAUCAAUUAGAUUGUUCCUAUGAUGAUCAAGAACACUAUUCCCAUGAUGAUCAAGGACACUGUUCCCCUAACGAUGGACACUGUUCCCAUGAUGAUCAAGGACUCUGUUCCCAUGAUGAUCAAGGACACUGUUCCCAUGAUUAUCAAGGACACUAUUCCCAUUGUGAUCAAGGACACUAUUCCCAUUGUGAUCAAGGACACUAUUCCCAUGAUGAUCAAGGAUACUGUUCCCAUGAUGAUCAAGGACACUGUUCCCAUGAUGAUCAAGGACACUGUUCCCCUAACGAUGGACACUGUUCCCAUGAUGAUCAAGGACUCUGUUCCCAUGAUGAUCAAGGACUCUGUUCCCAUGAUGACCAAGGACACUGUUCCCAUGAUUAUCAAGGACACUAUUCCCAUUAUGAUGAAGGACACUAUUCCCAUGAUGAUCAAGGACACUAUUCCCAUGUUGGUCAAGGACUAUUCCCAUGA